AUGUCCUCCCAACCUGUGAUUGUGAUUAUCGGAUGCGGAGGCAUGGGCCUUGCCAUUGCCCGGCAUCUGGGCAGUGGUUCUCGUCUCGUCCUGUCCGACUUUUCCCAAGCCCAGCUCGACUCCGCUGCACAGACCUUACGGCACGAAGGCCACGACAUCGAGACGGUGCAAGCGGACAUUUCCAACGAAAGCGCCGUCCAGAAUCUCGCCGAGAGGGCCGGGCGUCUUGGCGUGGUUAGGGUCAUCGCCCAUACCGCCGGGCUGUCGCCUGCACAGUCGCCGCCGGAUGCGAUUUACAAGGUCGACCUGCUAGGAGUGGCGCAUGUCAUCGACGCCUUCCUCCCCGUCGCAGUCAGCGGUACAUCUCUAGUGAUCAUCGCCAGUCUCGCCGGACACAACGCCCAGGGACAUCUAUCCGCCGAACUCGAGCGACAUCUGGCCACUGCUCCCACCAGCGAUCUGCUAAAUCACGCCGAUCUCGAACAUGUCGACUCUGCGUCCGCCGAGUCAGGGCCCCGGUUUACGGCAUACGGCAUCUCGAAGCGCGGGAAUAUUCUCCGCGUGCAAGCAUCUGCAGCAGCCUGGGGCAGCAAAGGAGCACGCAUCAACACCGUUAGUCCAGGGUUGAUACUCACCCCGAUGGGCCACGCGGAGCUUUCAGGGCCAAUGGGCGAGCAUAUGCAUGACAGGAUUGGGAAGAACCCGGUCGCGCGCGUAGGCACGGCUUCUGAUGUUGCGAAUGCGGUGUCGUUUCUAUCCAGUCCUGAGGCGUCGUUCAUUACUGGGACUGAUAUCCUGGUUGAUGGGGGGUGGGGGGUUUCGGCUCGAUGGGAGAGCAGAAUAUAG